AUGGCCAUGGGGCUCAGGGCUUCUCCUCCAGUUGUGCUUCUGCUCCUGUCCCUGCUGGGCCUGGCUGCUGCUGGGAAACUCCUGGUGGUGCCAGUGGAUGGGAGCCACUGGCUCAGCAUGCGGGAAUUGCUGGACAUGCUCCAGCAGAAGGGACACGAGGUGGUGGUGGUGGCACCUGAAGUCUCCCUGCAGAUCAAACCAUCCAAGAGCUUUGUGAUGAAAAUGUAUCCAGUGCCUUUCACUCGGGAAGAGAUGGAUAAAAUUUUCAAAGGGUCAGUAAUGGAUUUAUUUAAAGGAGGACCUUUUCUGGACAGAGUCAUUAGACAGUACCAACAGGCAAAGAAGACCUCUGCUCUGUUCCUGGCCACUUGCACACACUUAAUCCACAACAAGGAGCUCAUCAGGUACCUUGAGGAGAGCAAGUUUGAUGCUGUCCUCACAGAUCCUGUCCUCCCUUGUGGGGCAAUACUGGCCGAGUAUCUUUCCCUGCCUUCUGUGUAUUUCCUGCAGCAAAUUCCAUGUGGUUUGGAAUAUCAAGCCACGCAGUGCCCCAAUCCCCCUUCCUAUGUCCCCAGAGUAUUUACAGACCUUACAGACCGCAUGACCUUUCUCCAGCGGGUGAAGAACAUGCUCUAUGACAUCCCCAAUUUCUUCCUCUGCGACGUUGUCUUCCAACCUUAUGCAGAACUGGCUUCGGAGUUCCUGCAGCGGGAGGUGACCGUGCCGGAUCUCCUGCGCCAGGCUUCCAUUUGGCUCAUGAAAUACGACUUUGUUUUUGAGUAUCCGCGCCCCAUCAUGCCCAACAUGGUCUAUGUUGGAGGCAUCAACUGUCUGCAGAAGAAGCCACUCUCAAAGGAAUUUGAAGCCAUGGUGAACGCCUCUGGAGAACACGGCAUCGUUGUCUUCUCGCUGGGCUCCAUGGUAUCCGAGAUUCCCAUGAAGAAAGCCAUGGAAAUCGCAGAGGGCUUGGGAGCAGUCCCUCAGACGGUCUUCUGGCGCUACACAGGCAAGGCACCCCCCAACCUGCCCAAGAACGUGAAGCUCGUCAAGUGGCUGCCUCAGAAUGACCUCCUGGCCCACCCCAAGACUCGUGCCUUCAUCACCCACGGAGGCUCCCACGGCGUUUAUGAGGGAAUCUGCAACGCAGUGCCCAUGGUGCUGAUGCCUCUCUUUGGGGACCAGAUGGACAACGCCAAGCGAGUCGAGUCCCGGGGAGCAGGGCUGACCCUCAACAUCCUGGAGAUGACUUCCACUGACAUCUCCAACGCCCUGAAAGCUGUGAUCAACGACAAAAAGUACAAGGAGAACAUCCAGCGCCUCUCCGACCUGCACCUGGACAGACCCAUCCACCCUCUGGACCUGGCUGUGCACUGGGUGGAGUUUGUGAUGAGGCACAAGGGGGCCCCUCACCUGCGCCCCGCCGCCCACGACCUCAACUGGGUGCAGUACCACUCGCUGGACGUCAUCGCCUUCCUGGCCGCCAUCACCUUCCUCUUCCUCUUCAUCUCCUUCAAGUGCUGCCUCUGCUGCUGCCGCAGGUGCUGCUACAAGAAGGGCAGGACAGGCAAGGCCACCAAAGCCAAGUCCCACUAG